AUGUCUAAGAUUUUUUCUCUUGAAGGGAAGGGGCUGAAGCUCGAUACGAAGGAGGAUGUUGAGGCGCAUAUUAAGCCGCUAAGGGAGAUGGACGAUGUGGUCGAGGUCAGGUUGCUGGGGAAUACUCUUGGUGUCGAGGCCUGCAAAGUAUUGGGCGAGGUUUUGGAGACGAAAAAGACUCUCCAGAUUGCAAACUUAGCAGACAUAUUUACAGGACGACUCCUAAAUGAGAUCCCUCAAGCACUUUCUUCGUUGCUCACUACCCUUCUAGCCCUUCCAAAACUACAUACGAUCAACCUAAACGACAAUGCGUUCGGACUCAACACGCAAGCUCCCCUCGUCGCAUUCCUCUCCUCUCACACGCCCCUACAACACUUAAUCCUCAACAACAACGGCCUAGGCCCACACGCCGGAAUACUCAUCGCCGACGCCCUCUCCACGCUCCACGGAAAGAAAGAAGAAGCGCGGAAAGCCGGCACCGAAGUCCCCUAUCUCGAGACCGUCAUCUGUGGGCGCAACCGCCUCGAGAAUGGCAGCAUGACGGCAUGGGCCAAGGCGUAUAGCCUGCAUACCGGGUUGAAGACUGUCAAGAUGGUUCAGAAUGGGAUUCGACAAGAAGGCAUCUCGCAUCUUCUUACGGAAGGACUGAAAUAUACGCGCGGGAUCAGGGUGCUUGAUUUGCAGGACAAUACUUUUACGAUAACGGGUUCUAAGGCGCUGGCUACUGUAAUUCCUGGCUGGACCGAGAUAGAGGAACUCGGGGUGGGGGAUUCGUUGCUUGGUGCUAGAGGGGGUGUGAUUGUAGCUGGAUCGCUGGCAAAGGGGAAGAAUGGGAAGUUGGAGAUUUUGAGGUUGCAGUAUAAUGAUAUUACUGUGAAGGGGCUGCAGGCAUUUGCUACGGCUGCAAAGGACAAUCUUCCUGCAUUAAGGAAGAUUGAGCUUAAUGGAAAUAAAUUUGCUGAAGACGAGCAAGCUGUUGCGGAUUUGAAGGAGCUUUUGGAGGGCCGAAAGGAGAAACUGGCGGGGGAUGUGGUUAUGGAGGAUGAUUGGGGUCUUGAUAGCCUGAGCGACCUCGAAGACGACAGUGAUGAGGAAGAUUCCGCAGAGGAGGAGGAGGAGGAAGCUGAGGACCUUCGCGAGAAGCUUAUUGAGGAGGCUGAAGAAGCACAAGAAGAACCGGUGGCUCUGAAGCAGGAUAAGGAGGUUGAUGAUCUGGCGGACCAGUUGAAGGAGAGAGUGAUAAUCUAA